UCACAAUGCGCCUUUCCACAACGCUUGCGUCGAUCGUGGCGGCUCUUGCCUACGCAAAUGCUAUGGCUGUCAGCCCGCCUGCUGAAGAACUCGCAGUCGCUCAUGAGAAGCGUGAUGCUGAGCCACGACCUCAAGUUGGCAUGGAAGCGCGAAGUAUCUUCGCUCGGGACAAUGGUUGCAGGGGCUGUUACUGUGGAGAGCGGGGCUGUGACGACGACUGUUGCGAGGAUUGGGAUUAGUGCCAAGGCGAUCGUUGCCCAUAACACAGGCGACCAGGAAGUUGGAUCGAGGUGAAGUUGGACAUGGCGCAAUUAUACGAGGGGUAUACGAAUGUGAAGUCCGAAUAGGCUGCCCGCAGCGCUAAAUCCCUCGACUCUCGAGGACCAAUUUGAACACAUUUGAGC